UUGAACGUAACUUGCCCGAGCUCAGGAACGGCACUGAGCCGGGAAUGAGGAGGAGGAGGGCUGAAAAUGAGCGCUUACUGCGACCCGGAGCAGGAGUUUGUGGUCGUGGCUGUCGGGGCUGAGCCGCGUGUGACUGAGGUUCUGAUGGAAAAGCCCAACGGACGUUCAGCGGCGAACACCGAGUUCAACGAAAUCCCAGAGACAGGGCACCGGACAGCAGUCAGCAAACACUUGAAUUUUGCUGUGUGCUGCCACUCUCAGAGAGUCGGGCACUCUUCUGUUGAGGAUAACUCCAGUGAUCCACCAGUACCAGAGAAGAAACCUAAAUGGGUAGGCCUCGGGUUAUGUUACGCACUGUUCUCCUGUGUAUUCUUUUCGGUCCUUGCUCUCCUGGUGAAGAAAAUCGAAGGAGUCCAUGCACUGGAAAUCAGUGGGUUUCGAUGUUUAUUUCAGUGGCUAUUUACAUUCCCAAUUAUUAUCUAUAACGAAGUGGAUAUUAUGGGACCAAAAGGUCUGAGACUGUUGCUUUUCUUACGAGGACUCCUUGGUGCUACAGCCAUGAUGUUGCUCUUCUACGCCAUUCAACAGAUGCAUUUGGCUGAUGCCACUGUCAUAAUGCUCAGUAACCCCAUCUUUGUCUCCAUAUUUGCUUGGAUUUUUCUGAAGGAAAAAUGCACUUUGUUGGAUCCCAUCUUCAUCGUUUUUACUUUAGUCGGAGUCGUUCUUAUUGCUAGACCACAGUUUCUGUUUGGCACUCAAAAUGGGGGAUUAGAAAGUGAGUACAAGAAUCACAUCAAGGGAACGGUGGCUGCUUUUGGAAGUGCACUCUGUGCGGCAAUGACUUUGAUUGUGAUCCGCAAGAUGGGCAAAUCGGUAAAUUAUUUCCUCUCCAUUUGGUACUACUCGGCAGUUGGAUCGAUCCUAAGCAUGAGUGCGGUUUCGAUAACUCGGGAAUGGAGCUUGCCCUUCUGUGGGAUGGAUCGAGCUUUUUUAAUCCUGAUUGGCCUACUGGGGAUUGGAGGGCAAGUCUUUCUCACAAAAGCUCUACAGAUAGAGAGGGCUGCCCCUGUGGCUCUUAUAAAGACAACAGAAGUAGUCCUAGCCUUUAUAUUGCAAUAUUUAUUCCUAAAUCACUCUCCUACCUGGUGGAGUCUGGGAGGAGCUAUUUGUGUAACAAGUGGUACCAGUGGAGUUGCUUUUCAGAAGUGGUACACUAGCACCAAAAAAGCAAAGAAAAUUCAAAAUUAACCAAAGCCCCAUGAUGGAGAUCUCCUCAGGAACAUAAUGGCUAAAAUUUGAAUGUAGUUAUUUGUUCAUUGACUGACUUUCUGAACACUGACUAAAUACUCAAAAAAUCAUAAACCACACUUUUGACAGGAUAAUCAGCAAUUAUUUAAAUGUGUAUUUGAAUUGAAAAUUUUGUAAUUGAACUUCUGUCAUGUAAAAUCAAGUUGCAAUAAUGCUGUGUGAGAUUUUGCACUACAUGCAGAGUUUGGAUCCUGGAAUCUGGCCGAGAACUCUGUUAAACCAGAUAUGGUUCACUUUUGAUACUGUUGCCUUUGAGUCAGGAGGCCAUGGGUUCAAGCCUCUCCCCAAAAACUUGCACACUGUCUGCACUAAGAAAGUGCCUUGUAAAAGAGGCGAUAAUCUAAGGCCCUGACUGCCCCUUCAGGAAUAUUUUAAAAAACACAAAAGAUCUUCACGACACUCCAAAGACAAAUCAAUUAACUUCUUAUUCUGUCUGGAUCAUUAUUUAUCUCAAUUCCAAAAAAAACCCACGAAUACCUUGUUUAGUUAGUUUCUACAUUGGAGACCUUGUGGUAUUCUGCCACCAGCGACUACAUUUCAAGUAACUCCAUGGUUGUGAGGCACUUUAGAAUAUCCUGGAGUUAUGAAAAGUAUGUAAUUUAUGUACUGUUUCUUGCUUUGUAUCCAAAUAAGGGCUAUUGAGUAAUACUGAUCACAUACUUGCUGUGGGCGACAGCUUCAUAAUGCUUACUUUACACAAGUUUCUAAAACUGUAUUUUAGCCUUUUCCAUUAAGAUGUUCAGUUUUAUGCAAUAAUAAUUAAGAGAAUAUUUAUUAAAAUAUUUGAUAAAAGAUUUCAUCUUCCUAUUUUGACAAUUCAAUUUAGCUUACUUUAAGAUAAAUUAAGGUUAAUAGUUUUAUGUAGAAUAUUUGUUGAUAUAAUAAAGCUUUUUUGUUGCUGUUGAACAAUCAUCCAGCAACAUGUUGAUUUAUCAACCUAUUAACUGAUGGUAUUGCCCCAGAGAUUUUCUAUACCAAAUCUGGAACGGCUGAGUAUAUACUGUAGUUGGUUUGAUCUAUAUGGAAUACAAAACACAUCAGGCAAUAUGGUACACCAAAUUGGAACUAUAGGCUGCACAUUAAAGGAUUAUUAAAACUGAGAAAAGAGUAAAGUAUUCUUUGACUAUUUGUGCAAUUAACUUUUUUGGAGCAGCUACUGAGAAGCGCAAGUGGAGGAUUAGCACUGCACCAAAGCCAAAGGUAGAUUGUUGUUGUGUAUUCCUAUUUUUUUGAAUAAUUGUAGUUUGUAUGGUACAAAGCAGAAGAUUUUUGUGCAAUAAGAAGGUUUCAAAAUACUACUAGGCUCUGGUAUUGGGUCUUUUAGCCCUUUUCCUCCAAAUUAGGAUGCACAAGUUGUUAUAGUACCAACAUUCAAAAUGUUGGAUCAAAUUCCACCUUCUGCUCUCUUUGUUAGAGUAUUGCUUUAUGAAAUAAAAUACUACCUCCGUUAACAAAGCACUGAGAAGAAAGUUGUAUGU